AUGCUUCCUUCAAGUCUAUGCGCCGCUUGCCGUCGCGCCGCCAUUCUCGCGCGCCCUCUCCUCAUCACCACGACCAAAACCACCACCCGACCACCCGUCCUCGCGCGCCAAAACCACCCGCGCCUCAUCUCCUUCCCUCCGCGCCGUCUAUACUCCUCCUCCUCCUCCUCCGCCGCCGCCUCCUCCUCACCUAUACCGCCCGAAACACCCAGCAUGUCCCCCGCCGAGACGGCCAUCGCCCAGCUCCUCACCGACUCGCUGUCCCCCUCCGCCGUGCUCGUGCAGGACGUGUCGGGCGGCUGCGGCAGCAUGUAUGCGAUUGAAAUCGAGGCCGAGGCGUUUCGCGGACAAACGAUACUCAAGCAGCAGCGCAUGGUGAAUGCGGCGCUGGGGGACGUGGUGAAGAGCUGGCACGGCGUGCAGAUUCGCACGAGGGUGCCCGGUUCAUGA